UGAAAGAUUUUUAUCUCACAGAAACCGUUGAUCAGGAUUACUCAGCCCGCCUCCCGUGGACCGUUUCAGAGGAGGUGCUGCUGGGUGUUUCCUCUGCUGCCUCUCAGACAAGUAGCUCUCGCGCUUAGCUGGUUAGUUAGUUGGUUAUUGAAACAGCCAAAAUGACUAGUCUCACUGCCAAGGACAAGGACACCGUCAAGGCCUUCUGGAGAAAGAUUUMUCCCAAGGCAGCAGCCAUUGGUACAGAUGCUCUUGUCAGGAUGCUGUCGGUUUACCCACAGACCAAGACCUACUUCUCCCACUGGAAGGACAUGAGCCCCGGSUCUGCUCCAGUGAAGAAGCACGGAGCCACGGUGAUGGCUGGAGUWGCUGACGCUGUGGCUAAAAUCGACGACCUGGCUGCAGGUCUGCUCAACCUGAGCGAGCUGCACGCCUUCAAGCUCAGAGUGGACCCCGCCAACUUUAAGGUGAGGAUUCAGAGCUGA